CAUCAGUCACACAGGGGGCCCUACACUGCCGGGUUGGGAGAAGGAGUAAUCUUCCUCUUCCACGCUGUCCAUGCCAAGGCGGUCGAAGCUGGCAUCAUCCUUUGCGUCCUCGCCAAGUCACCUGGUGACACAAGUGAGGGUGUCACCUGUACAAGCAGAUUAAGAUUUGUAUUUCCUAAAUGCUUCUCAACAAUGUUAUAUGCAACACAAGCCAACAUCACUGUUGGACAGCAGAGCCAGGGGUUACUGAGUAGAGUGUUGAUUUCUCUUCUGACCACAGUGCCUUCCUUUGUGUUUCUCUUCAUUAAUGGGACCAUGUUAUUCACCCUGAGGAGUAGACGAGUGUUUCGUGAGACCUCGCGUUACAUUCUGCUGUAUAACCUGCUGUUUGCAGACACUGUACAGCUGGCACAGGCCCAGCUGCUGUACCUACUGGCUGUUAGUAGGAUACUGCUGAUGUACUCUGCAUGUGUUGUUCUCACUCUGCUCACUGAUCUCACAAAUGACAUCUCCCCUCUCACGCUGGUGGUGAUGUCUUUGGAGAGGUACAUAGCUGUGUGCUACCCACUGAGGCACACUACAGUUGUCACCGUUAGAAACACAGGAGUGGCCGUUACUGUAGUUUGGGCCUUCAGCUCAUUAAAUAUACUCAUUCGAGUGCUUUUGCUGUUAGAUUUUAUAUCUGCAAACUUGCAAAUGAAUGACCUCAUGUACUACCUCUGCUAUCAGUGGAGACGCUCACCUUUGCUCUGA